CCUCAAAGGGUCACACGGUUAGUGCCACGAAGGUCACCAAUGUUGCCGCAGGAUAACACUGCGGCGAUGGGUUUAGCGAUGCAGAGUAGAGCGGUCGACACGCGGGUCCAACUCGAGAUUAGGGAGGGUGAGCCGAAGGGUACCCUAGUCGGCACGAUACCGGUGAAGCCUGACUUCACUUAUAGGUUCAAUGAGCCACCCCAGGAGUUCGUACUCGAUCCAGAGACUGGCAAAAUAAGGACGGCCAUGGUUCUCGAUCGCGAAUCUCUCAGCAGCGAUCGAUUUGAUUUAGUUGUGCUCUCCAGUCAACCGACCUAUCCGAUCGAAGUGCGAAUUUUGGUUCUUGAUAUCAACGACAAUAAUCCAGAAUUUCCGGAACCUAGUAUCGCGGUUAGCUUCUCGGAAUCGGCUGUGGCCGGUACCAAGCUAUUGUUGGACGCUGCUACUGAUCGAGAUACGCCAGAGAACGGUGUAUUAGACGAUUAUUUUAUCGUAGACGGCAAUACGGACGACAAGUUCCGUCUGGAAGUCACUGGGAAUCCUACAGGUGAAACGUCAUACUUGCACCUCGAGACUACUGGGAAAUUGGACCGUGAGCAGGUGGAAUUCUAUUCGCUCAACAUCUGCGCGCGCGAUCGCGGCCGACCACCGCGAUUGGGUUAUCUGCUGGUGAACGUGACGGUGUUAGACGUAAAUGAUAACCCGCCCGUGUUUUCACAGAGCGACUACGUGGUAGCGUUGAACGAAAGCGCCCCAGUCGGCACCAAGGUGUUGAAGGUGCAGGCUACCGAUAAAGAUUCGGAAGACAAUUCUGAGCUGACUUAUUAUCUGCCGGACAAUGAGCGCAAGUUCACAAUCGAUCCAGAAAGUGGCUUUAUCACGACAGCCGAGCCAUUAAAAUGCCCUCAACAACGUUGUACGGUGGUACGUCCAGGCGGUGAUUGCCCUAAGAGCUGCGUCAUCACAGUCUUCGCUCGUGAUCACGGUGUGCCUAAGCAAGAUGGUCGUACUUACGUGACGGUAAACCUAUUGGACGCAAACGAUCACGAUCCUGUAAUCAAAUUCAAUUAUUUUCCUCCAAACGCGGGUUUUGCCACCGUCGAUGAGAACACCGCCAAGGACUCGAUCGUCGCGGCGGUAGCGGUGAUCGAUGACGACGAGGGUUUAAACGGCGAGACUAGCGUGGAGAUACGUGCCGGCAAUGAGUUAGGUCACUUUCGACUCGAGGUUACAGAGAGCUUCGACAUCGUGCGAGUCGACGGCCGGUUGGACCGCGAAGAGAUUCCCAAAUAUAAUCUCACAGUGGUUGCUACCGACAAGGGCACGCCGCCAAGAUCGGCUACAGCCUAUCUAGUGAUACAUGUGAAUGACGUCAACGAUCACGAGCCGGUGUUUCAACAAAGCGAGUACUCAGCGGUGCUAUCGGAAUUCGCACCGAUUGGCAGUUUCGUCGCUAGCAUCUCGGCUACGGACGCGGAUUCUGGGCUGAACGCGCGAAUUUAUUACGAGUUCGGUUCAGGUAAUGAACAAAAUUGGUUCGCCAUCGAUAGUGACACCGGUUUAGUCACCACCGUGGCUACCUUGGACCGUGAGGUACAAGGUAGCAUCGAGUUACACGUAUCGGCACGAGACGGUGGUCCGAAUACUAAAUACGCGUCCACGCAUCUCAAAAUAACGAUCCUCGACGAGAACGACGAGGCACCACGCUUUCCCAAGAAUGUCAUCGAAAUCGCAUUGUCGGAGAACACGGCGCCUUAUAGUUUAAUAGCUACUCUCACAGCUGUUGACAACGAUCAAGGUACGAAUGGUAGCGUCGCGUACAGUUUUCAUUCUAGUGUUUCGCGUGAUUAUUCCAAAACUUUUGCUCUGGAUGCUCUGACCGGUCAGUUGUCAACCAUGACCGCUCUGGACCGAGAAACCAUAGCAGAAUACAGACUUCUAGUGAUAGCAAAAGAUCAAGGCACGCCAGUACAAUCUUCGACUGCCACCGUGGUGUUGAUGUUACAGGAUGUCAACGAUAAUUCGCCGAUCUUUUAUCCUUGGAAAUAUCUAAUGACCAUCUCUAAAGAUAUUUCGGCAGGUACGACGAUAGGUAAAGUAAUGGCGACUGACGCAGAUGCUCGGGAGAAUGCUCAGGUGAAAUACACUCUGGAAUCCGGCGGCGAGGGUCGCUUCGUGGUAGAGGAGAGAACCGGUGAGAUUGUCCUGCAAGGUUCUUUACGGUCUGCACACAAGACUCUUUAUGAGUUAACAAUCUCAGCGAAGGACAUCGACAAUCAGGUGGCAGCCAGGAACGCUAUAGUAGAGAUUAUACGCGAAGAAGAUCUGGAGCAUCUCGAGUUCGAUACUUACAACGGCUAUGAGUUUCGCGUUCUUGAAGAUCAUGGCGAUUGCGAUUACGUUACGUCUGGUAGUCGGGAGAUCGGCUCGGUACACGUUACGCAAUACGGUAACACGGGUAAAGUGAGCUAUGCUAUAAUAUUCGGUGAUCCUAAGGGCAACUUUAAAAUCGAUGAGAGUACUGGCGUUAUUAGCACCACCGGCUGUCUGGAUCGCGAGCGUGUCGUUUAUUACAGCCUGCAACUUUCAGCGCGUACCAAUCUCGCGUACGGCCAAACAAUCGUUAACAUUACAGUGCAGGAUGUCAACGACAAUCCGCCGAGGUUUCCCAGAGGUGAGUGGGGUGACGAGAUUCUGCGAGAAAACGCAGCGGUGGGACAGGAAGUGUGCCUUACUCGGGCCAGAGAUCGCGACAUCGGCGCCAAUUCCAGGAUUGUUUAUUCGUUGACACAUAAUCCAGACGGACAGUUCAGAGUAGCCGAGAAUUCUGGCAUUAUCUAUUUGAAUAAACCAAUUCGCGUACCGCCUGGUACAAUCCUCAAUCUAGAAGUGACGGCGACUGAUUCCGGCAGGCAGCCUCUGUCCGCUCAGUACCAAGUUCGAGUGACGAUCGAAGAUGUCAACGAUCACACACCGGUUUUCCGACUGAGCAGCUAUGAGACUUCACUGUCAGAAUCUACGCCAGUCAACGAGCGUUUCUUUUCGUUAACGGCUCAAGACGCAGAUCUCGGCAACAACGGCAGGAUAUUGUACAGUAUUACCGAUGGCAACGCGGAGGGCCGCUUCGGCAUCUUCCCGGAUGGCCAGUUAUAUGUGAAAAAUGAGCUCGAUCGCGAGGAACAAGAUUAUUACGCGCUCGAGGUUACUGCAGCGGAUCAGGGUAGCCCAUCACGAAGCUCCGUGGUCCCGGUGGUGGUGCACGUGAUUGAUGAGAACGACAACGCGCCUGAGUUCACCAAUAGCAGUUUCAGUUUUCAUCUACGCGAGAACGAGCCGCCUGACACCUUCGUCGGCAAGCUGCUGGCUACUGAUCGCGACGUCGGUCGUAACGCCGAUCUCAUAUUCUUACUUCCGCUCGUUCAGAGUGAUUUCGUAGUCGAUCCAAGGAACGGUUUCAUCAGAUCACAGCACGCAUUCGAUCGUGAACUCUUAGUGACCAAUACUGGCAGCAACUAUAUCAAUUUGGAAGCUACCGUUGUAGAUAAUGGCGUUAAUCGUUUACGUGACCGCGUCAAGGUCACCAUCUAUAUCACCGAUAUUAACGACAAUAUGCCACAGUUCCAGCGUCUACCGUAUCGAGUUCAGGUGAGCGAAGGUGCCGCGAUCGGCACGCAGCUGUUAAGAGUCUACACGACUGAUGCGGACGAAGGCUUGAAUGGUGAUGUGUUCUAUUCGUUGGAGGACGGCAAUCAGCAUGGCCAUUUUAUGAUAGAUGAGGCUACCGGGCAGAUCUCUCUGAUGAAGGAGCUUGAUCGUGAAAUGUCUGAUACCUACGUACUGACUGUUGUAGCACACGAUGCUGGUUUGGAGACACGAUUGUCAUCUAGCGCGACUGUUCAUAUCGAAGUGCUCGACGAGAACGAUAACGUGCCGUUCUUCGUGGACAACAAAUCGAGGAUUUCUGUACUGGAGACUAUGCCAAUCAACACCGAACUGUUGCGUUUCAAGGCCACCGACAACGAUCUCGGACCCAACAGCGAAUUGGCAUUCGCUAUAUCGGCCGGUAACAAGAGAGACACGUUCUACAUUGAUCCUCUGACCGGCAUUCUGUACCUGAGAAAGCCACUCGAUUAUGAAGAACAAAUACGUUACACGCUUAAUAUCACAUGCAGCGAUGGAGGUCACCCGCGUCUCAGUUCGAUCACUAGCCUGACCGUCGAAGUGAUCGACACCAACGACAAUCCGCCGGUGUUUCCAAACACAGCAAUAGUACGUCAGAUACGCGAGGGUAUCCUCGUGCGAACGCCGAUUGUCACCAUUACCGCCGAGGAUCCAGAUUCGGGCGAUAACGGAGUGGUCAGCUACUCGAUCCUUAGCCAGGAACCGCAGGAUCAGGUGAGACGUUUCGGUAUCAAUCCAUCGAGUGGUGUGAUCCAUACGCUGCUUCCAAUCGAUCGCGAAGACGUGGAUACGUUCAAUCUGGUGGUGGUCGCUACCGAUCAAGCACAACCACCAAGUGCACGGUUGUCUGCCGAGAAACAAGUGAUUGUGUUCGUCGAGGAUAUCAAUGACAACGCGCCGAUCUUUGUUAGCAUGUCGGCGGUAGUGUUACCGCCUCUGUUCAACUAUCAUCAAACCGAGGAUAUUAAGGUCAUGAAACUGCUGGCUCGCGAUCAAGACUCUAGCACCAACGGCCUGGUGACGUAUGAAUUACUCCGCUCUAGCGUCAACUAUUCGAACAUGUUCGAGGUUCAUCGUAACAACGGUCAGCUCGUUAUGAUACUUCCGCAAUCAUCCUCAAAAGAUAGUCUCUUCGAGCGAGCCUCCUUCAAAUAUCAAGUAGGCGUCCGAGCGACGGACGAGGCGGUCCAAGCGGAGCGCCGUUCGUCCGAGACUUACGUGACCUUGAUCGUGCCGGGCGAGGACGGCGACGAUCAGCCGAUUUGGGAGCAUCAGGGUCAGAUUGAAGGUAACGUUUACGAGAACGAACCGAUCGGCACGAGUAUCUUGCGCGUGAGCGCGUGUAGUCGUCAAUCCAAUAUCGAGCUCGAGUAUUACGUGACGAACGUGACCGCCGGCGACGGGUCCCAAGUUGAUCGGCUAUUCGACAUCGACACGAAGACCGGUGUGCUGUCCACCGCGGCCCAACUCGAUCGUGAGACCGGCGUCCAGUGGUACGAGGUGGAGCUAUACGCCAUCGGCAUUGGCGGCACCAAGCCCAGUACGACGUCCACCAAAGUACGCGUGACGGUGCUGGACAAGAACGACGUGGCACCAACGUGGAGCUCAGGCCCGUGGAAAUUUAAUAUCUCCGAAGAGGCGCCGCCCAAUACCGUCAUCACGGUUCUCAAGGCCGACGAUCCGGAUACCAUCGGUACUCUGACUUACACCCUGGUGCCGAAUCAUCCUGGCGAUCGCGGCGAGUCCGCGGACAACGAUGAGACGCAGGGCCAAUUUAAACUGCAUCCGACCACCGGCCAGCUGAGCCUCGCCGAGUCUCUCGACAGGGAGACGAAGGAGAGAUACGUGCUCAAGGUGCGCGCCGACGAUGGUCUGCAACACCGGGACAUCGUGCUUCAUAUACAGGUCACCGACACCAACGACAACGCGCCGACCUUCCAGAGCACGGCCUACUCGUUCGACGUUCCGGAGAACGUGCCAAGAGGCAGCCGCGUCGGUCAGGUCGUCGCGACGGACGCCGACGCCGAGGGGCCCAACAGCCAUUUGAGCUACGUGCUCAUCUCCGACUGGGCAAACGACGUUUUCUCAUUGAAUCCAAGCACCGGCGUGUUCACGCUCACCGCGAGCCUCGACUAUGAGCAGGUACAGCACUACAUCCUCGUCGUGGAGGCUAUGGAUGGUGGUGAGCCCGUGUUAUCAUCCACCGUGACAGUGUACUGUAACGUGGUCGAUUUAAAUGACAACGCACCGAUCUUUGAAGCUGGACCGCACGCGGCCGACAUUAUGGAGAACGCGACCAUCGGCACGCCCGUGCUCACCGUGACAGCCCAGGAUCUAGAUUCUGGCGACAAUAGUAGGGUCGUCUAUGCCGUCGCCGGCGGCGACGAGGACGGUGACUUUGGGAUGGCUCACAACGGUACUCUCUUUACACGCCGAGCCCUCGAUCGCGAGCGGACGCCAAUCUACAACCUGGUGCUGAGUGCUACUGAUAGUCCACUACCACCGGCGCGGCCGUUGUCCUCUACAGUGCAGGUGACGGUGAUGUUGUUGGACGUGAAUGACAUGUCACCGAAUUUCACGUCGCCCAGGGAGGUAACAAUAAUGGAGAACACACCGAUCAACACGAUAGUGAUGACGAUAAGAGCCGCCGAUCGGGAUGAGGGUCGGAACGGUUACGUCGAGUAUUCAUUGAGGGACGACAGUAAUCUACCGUUUACCCUCGGCCUAUCGGACGGAAUGCUGCGUGUCUCCGGAUCGUUAGACCGUGAGCAAAGAUCCAACUACAACCUGGAGGUCACCGCCAAAGAUCGGGGCGACCAGCCGAGAUCAUCAUCGACCACUGUUUCUGUCACGGUGCUCGAUGAAAACGACAACUCACCGGUGUUCGAUCCCAGGCAGUACUUCGCCACCAUCGCCGAGAACGCCAGCAUCGGUGCCAGUGUGCUUCAAGUAUCGGCAAUGGAUCGUGACGAGGGUGCGAACGGCAGAGUGCGUUACAGCAUCGCAAUGGGGGAUGACAAUCGGGACUUCACGAUCUCAGAGGACAGUGGCGUGAUUCGGGUGGCGAAAAACUUGAAUUAUGAACGGAAACCCCGGUACCAUCUGAUGAUUCGUAGCGAGGAUUGCGCGGAGGAAGUCGGAAAGGAGCCGCGCAGCGAUACAGCCCAAAUUACUAUUACCGUGCUCGACAUCAACGACAAUGCACCGAUCUUCCUUGAUUCGCCCUAUCUAGCGCACGUUAUGGAGAAUAUGGUGCCGCCGGGUGGGGGUUUUGUGAUACAGGUUAAAGCGUAUGACGCGGACACUCCACCGUACAACGAUCAAGUGAGAUACUUCCUCAAGGAGGGUGACACAGAUCUAUUCCGCAUAAACGCGAGCACUGGCGAUAUAUCUCUUCUUCGUCCGUUGGAUAGGGAAAUGGUACCAGAAUACACACUUACUGUAUCGGCUAUGGAUACCGGCUCGCCGCCUCUCACCGGAUCGGGCAUCGUCAGGAUCGUCGUCCUCGACGUGAACGAUCACAGUCCCGAGUUCGCCCGGCAGGACUACAAGGCCACCGUGGUGGAGAACGCACCCCCUGGAACUUUGGUCAUCAAGCCGCACGCCACAGACAAAGACGAAGGUUUCAAUGCGAAAAUAAGCUACAAUAUACUUGGAGACAAAGCGGAGCGGUUUUCCGCAGAUCCUGACACGGGCGAAGUGUUCACCACUGUACCGUUGGACCGCGAACAGACUGCUGUGUAUUAUUUGACCCUAGUGGCCAGAGACUCAAGCCCGACGGAACCGCGUGCCUCCGCCGUCAAUCUGACGAUUUAUGUGACGGAUGUGAACGAUAACGCGCCCCGUUUUUCCAGUCCCCGAUAUACAGCUUACGUUCCAAACGCAACUAAACCAGGCGAUUUUGUCUUCGGCGCAAAAGCAAGCGAUGAUGAUGACGGCGAGAACUCGCGGAUCGUUUAUCAGCUGCACGGCAAGGACGCCAGUCGGUUCACCAUCGACCUUAACAAUGGCGUGAUCCGUGCUACUCAAGAACUGAUCGACGACCAGACCACCUAUCAAUUACAGAUACAGGCAUCGGAUUGCGGUGCCGAGCCUCAGCAUGUCACAGCCGAUCUAGUGAUUCACUUGUGGGAGCGGCAGCUGUUUCCCAGCUUCCGAUCCAGCGUCAGUACGAGGUUCACGCUGUCUGAGGAUGUGUCCGAGAACAAAGUGAUCACCAAGCUAAGCGCUACCACACCGAAAAGCGGACCGGCGAGUAAUUUGAUCUAUGGUAUAGCCGGCGGAAAUGUGGGAGAUGCUUUGAGAAUCGAUCCUCACACCGGAGAGGUCGUGGUUGCCUCUGGCUUCGAUUAUGAGACGGCUCCGCACUACGAAGCCUGGAUUGAAGUUCAUGAUUCGGAUACACCCCCGCUGCGCAGCGUUCUCCAACUUCUAGUGAAUGUCACGGACGCCAACGAUAAUGCACCGGUUAUGGAGGCGGCGAUUUACAACGCGACUGUGAUGGAGGAGGAGUAUCCGCCAUUAUUCGUCAUCAAAGUGUCAGCGAAGGAUCGCGAUUCCGGUGAAAAUGGUCAAGUCACUUAUCAUCUAGUCGACGACUUCUCCGGGUUCUUUAUCAUCGACAGCAGUACCGGGCAGAUUGAGACCAAUGAGAAAUUGAAUCGCGAAGAGAUUGCGUCUUACGAGCUCAUCGUCGAAGCCAGAGAUCAAGGUCAUCCCCGAUUAACCGGUACCGCUAUAGUUCUCAUUACCGUUCUGGAUAAAAAUGAUAACCCGCCACAUUUUACGCGACUAUUCAGCGUCAACGUGACAGAGAAUGCAGAAAUUGGCACAUUCGUUAUACGCAUGACCAGCAGUGAUCCGGAUAUUGGUCAGAAUGCGAACGUCAGUUACAGCUUCACCGAAAAUCCAGGAAUGAAGUUUUCCAUCGAUGCCCUAAGCGGAAAUGUGACCGUGGCUGGACAACUCGACAGAGAGGAGCAGGAUGAGUAUCUGCUAAAGGUCGCAGUAGGAGACGAUGCAUGGCGAGCAGAAACCGCCUUGACGAUCACUAUUCAGGACCAGAAUGACAAUGCACCCGAGUUCGACGAAGAUACCUAUCAUUUCCUUUUCCCCGAGCUUCAGCCACAAGUGGCGCAUGUUGGCACGGUCGCGGCUACUGAUCGUGAUAAACAGGGACCGAACUCCGUUAUAUCUUACAGCCUGUUGCAACCGUCCGAUCUUUUCACUGUUGACCCUGCGACCGGCGAUGUCUUCAGCAAGCGCACCCUACGCUACAAGCACACUCAUCGGCCGUCCUCGCCGGAGAAUCUGUACUCGCUGACAGUGAUCGCUACUGAUAAUGGCAAACCACCAAUGUCCUCGAAGGCAGUGGUGCACGUGAGCGUGAUAGAUGCCAAUAAUAACGCGCCUCGUUUCGAGCAGAGAUCCUAUCUGUCAGCAGUGCCGGAGAAUUAUGAAGUAGGCAAGCGCAUUAUUCAACUGGUCGCUCGUGACGACGCUGACUCUGGCGUGAACGCAGAGGUCAGUUAUUCGCUGGAGAACAUGAACGAAACCAGUGAUCUGUUCGCCAUUGAGGAGCAAUCUGGUUGGGUCUACGUACGCAAGAGUCUUAACGGUAUUCCUAUUGGUGCGACGUUCCCGUUAAAAGCACGCGUCACCGAUAAAGGCGUACCACCGCAGAAGGAUGAGAUUGUUCUGACCCUUAUAAUCUCCGGCGAGAACAAGCAUACGCCCGCCUUUAUCGCCGACAGUUAUCAGGUCAGAGUGCCGGAAAACGAGGGGGUCAAUGCCACGCUUCAGACAGUUUACGCCUACGACAACGACAGUGGGCCCAACGGCAUGAUUCGCUACAGAAUUUCGUCCGGCAACGAGAAUAAUCAUUUCAACGUGCACCCUGUCACCGGUACAGUCAUUCGACUCGUACCUUUUGAUUACGAUCAGGUGCAGGAAUACCAAUUGAACAUUACCGCCACGGAUCUAGGAUUCGAGCCGAAGCAAGUAGUAGCCAUCUUAAUUAUCCAUGUCACCGACAUCAACGACAACCCUCCAAUUUUCAAUCAAAGUGUAUAUGAAGCGUUUUUGCCAGAAAAUUCGCCGCCUGGUAGUUUCGUUUGCAAGGUUGUCGCUCGGGACAAUGACUCGCCCAAGAAUGCCAUAGUGCAAUAUGAAAUCCUAGGUGGUACCGGCAAGGGCUACUUCCGUAUCCGCGGCGAUACCGGUGAGAUCACGUCGGAUGCUACCUUUGAUUAUGAAGAGGCGAAUGAGUAUAGUCUCGACAUCGUCGCGGCCAAUCCUGACUCAAACCCGCAGAUGGUCGGCUUUACAACUGUGGUGGUUUACAUCACCGGCGUGAACGAGUACUAUCCUCAUUUCAUUCAACCUGUAUUUCACAUGGACGUCUCGGAGAGCGCUGAGGUGGGCACAUCAGUUGGCGCGGUUCAGGCAACCGAUCAAGACUCGGGCGAGGAUGGCCGCGUAUACUAUCUCUUCGUAGGCUCGUCUAACGACCGCGGCUUUUCGAUUGGUUCGGAUACUGGUAUCGUUCGGGUGUCUCGUCAGCUUGAUCGCGAGACGCAGAAUCGCGUGGUGCUGACAGUGAUGGCGAAGAACGGCGGUGGUAUACGCGGCAAUGACACCGACGAAGCGCAGGUAAUCAUUUCCAUCCAGGAUGGCAACGAUCCGCCAGAGUUUUUGCAGAGCACCUACGACGCUAGCGUGUCGGAGAGCGCCACCCAUGGGACCCGCGUGCUCACUGUUCGCGCUAUCGACAAAGACAUCAAGCCACAGAACAAUCAGUUCUCCUAUUCCAUCAUCAGUGGUAAUCUCGGCCAGGCCUUCAAAGUCGAUCCACAGACCGGUGACGUCGAGACAGCGAAGCAAUUGGAUCGCGAAACCGUACCCACGUAUGAUCUGACGAUCGGCGCGAUUGACACCGGUUCACCACCGCAAACUGGUACCGCAAUGGUGCACAUCGAGUUGCAAGAUGUAAAUGACAAUGGCCCAGUCUUUGACCCUCCGGAAGUAAUCGGUUACGUCAGCGAGAACGAACCAGCUGGUACCAGCAUUAUGACCUUGAGCGCGAUUGAUCCUGAUCUGCCACCCAAUGGUGCGCCAUUCACCUAUAGGUUGAUCGGAGGAAGACAAAGCGACAUGGUGAUUCUGGACAAGCAUUCGGGUGUACUGAGAACCACCAGGAGACUCGAUAGAGAAACGAUGUCGCAGUUGGAUCUCAUGAUUGAAGUGGAGGACUCGGGUAUACCCCGAAUGAAGAGCGACCAUAAUAUUGUUGUAAUCGUCACUGAUCAGAACGACAGUCCAUCCACGCCGAGAUCGGUGCACGUAAUGGUGCACUCGUUCAAUGGCAAGACACCAUUGGGAAAGAUCGCUGAUGUGCAUCCAAAUGAUCCGGAUAUCACCGGAGUUUUCUCGUGCAAGAUCAUUCAAGGCGCGAAUUCUCGUGUGCUCACUAUCCCCACUGCCUGCGAUCUACACACCAAUAAAAUUACAUCAGAAGUAGGAUAUUCUUUGAGCGUCUCCGGCAACGAUGGACGAUAUCCGGAUGUGAUCUCCAAGGUCACCGUUGAUUUCUUGAUCUUCUCAAACGCCACUAUCGAGAACAGCGUGACCCUGCAAAUUUUCAAAUUGACCGCUAAUGAUUUUCUUAGUCGAUACUACCGGGCUCUCUUGGAUCUCUUGCAGCAGAAGAUUAAUCUCGGCGAAACACUCACAAUUUUCAGCAUCGGUGAAAACGGACCGGAUCUGAACGUUCACUUGGCAGUGGAAUCUCCGCAAGGUAAAUACGAAGUGACCGAUCUAUUGAUGCGCAAUCAAGAUCAGAUCCAGACGCUGCUCGAAGGUCACUCAUUCAUCAUCAACUACUCUCCAUGCAAACACAUGCCGUGCGAAAACGGGGGCAGCUGCAGUGAUCGAUUGGCUAUAUAUGACGACGCCAGGAUCACCGACAGUCAAGCGCUGAUCCUGACGUCGCCCAGAAUGUUGCACGAGAUGGCCUGUAAGUGUCGGGAUGGCUUCACCGGUGAUAGAUGUGAAAGAAGACAGGAUCCAUGUUCUCCAAACCCCUGUUUGCUGGGAGGGCAGUGCCGACGCGUAGGAUACGAUUUCGUAUGCACUUGUCCUAUCGAUCGCGAUGGCAAGCUGUGCGAGCUCGAGAGAGGCGAUGCGUGUGCCAGUAAUCCGUGUCGAAACGGCGGAUCGUGCAGAAAGAGCCCGGACAGCUUCAGUUUCUUCUGUCUUUGCAGAGCGGGAUACAGAGGAAAUCACUGUGAGGCAGUCACCGAUUCCUGUCGACCGAAUCCUUGCUUGUACGGUGGCUUAUGCGUGGGAGAAAAGCCUGGAUAUCGAUGUAGCUGUCCCGAGGGUCGCUACGGCCGGCAUUGCGAGCGCUCGACCUUCGGUUUCAAUGAGUUGUCGUACAUGGCAUUCCCGGCGUUGGACUCCAACACGAAUGACAUCACCAUAGUGUUCGCCACCACGAAACCGGAUGCGUUGUUACUGUACAAUUACGCACCGCAGACGAGUGGCCGCUCGGAUUUCGUCGUGUUGGAAUUGAUAAACGGCCGAGUGGUCUUCUCGUACGGCGGUGCCAGAAGUGCGAUCACCACCGUCACUAUCAAGACAGAACGGCCGGUGUCGGAUGGCGAGUGGCACAAGGUCACUGCCACGCGGAACGGCAGAGUUAUCUCGCUCAGCGUGUCCACUUGCAAGGAAUACGGCGACGUCUGCGACGAUUGCAGACCAAGUGAUGGUACAUGCUACGCGGACGACGUGGGCCAGAUUGGGACUUUAAAUUUCAACAAUAACCCUCUUCUACUGGGUGGCUUGGAAAACGCCGAUCCUGUAUUGGAGCGUCCAGGCCAAGUGCACUCUGACGACUUCGUGGGUUGCAUUCACUCGGUGUCAAUAAACGGAAGGACCUUGAAUCUAACGAAUCCGCUCGCAUCGCGUGGUGUGAAAUCCACAUGUGUCAGAUCACAGCGAAAUCCUUGCCUGAAAGGUGAGAAGGAUGCUGCAUCAGUCUGUGAUGUGAAUGCUCAAUGUCACGACAAAUGGCAUCAAGUGAUGUGUCAGUGUGGAUCCCUGAGAGCGCCCAAUUGCCAUGGUGCCCUGGAACCCAUCACAUUAAGCGAGGGAGGAUUUAUUCAGUUCAAGAUUUCGGAGAAACACAGAAGGAUGCAACUGUUGGAGUAUCUUUACGGUGGUUCAACGAUAUGGCACACGAAUCGCGUAAAGCGCGGUCUUAUUGAGGACACGAGCUUUAUAACGAAUCCUUCCUUGAAGACAAUUGGCUUAAUGUUUAAAACUGUGAGGCCCGAUGGUAUUUUGAUAUACGCUGCAACAAAUAAGCAUUUUACAUCUGUAGAGCUUCGCAACGGCCAGUUGGUUUACAUGUCUCUGCUUGGAUCACCAGUAAACAUGUCGAUUAAUAUUGACGGCGGUCUCGCCGACGGACGUUGGCAUAAUCUAACUCUCCAUGCUUACGCCCGAGGAUUAAGACUGUUGAUCGAUGGUAGUCUAACAGGCGAUGAGUUAGAUUUGGCAGGAAUUCAUGAUUUCCUCGAUCCAUACUUGUCCGUUUUAUCGAUUGGCGGAGUCAGCCAGGACCUCUAUUACGCUCAUAGCGCUGGCUCUAGAAGUUUUGAAGGCUGUCUGGCUAACUUUACCGUCAACAAUGAGGUGCAACCAUUCAACGGUUCCGGUUCUAUCUUCAAAAAUGUGCUUUAUCAUGGCAAAGUGAGCACUGGAUGCAGAGGACCGAUCGGUAUCGGUGCAGCCGCGGCCGCGGACCCUCUCAGUAUUGGUAUUACUCUGGUCAUCGUCUUCUUCGUCAUUUUGUUAAUUGCCAUUCUGGUGAGUUUCAUAGUGUUCCGACUGCGCCGGCAGAACAAAGAGAAGUCAGCACCAUCGGUUGUUAACAAAAAUACCAACGCCAUCAUGACCGGCAAUCCUCUGGUCGGUUCUGGAAAUGACAAUCUCAUGUCUCGUCAUGAAAAUACAUAUAUCUCCGACACGUCGGAUUUGCGCGGCGUCGGUCACAUGGGUCCUGAGUUGAUCUCGAAGAAGUACAAAGAACGCGAGAUCAACUCUACCGCCGAGCACCGGCCGCAACGACCGGAUAUCAUCGAGCGUGAGGUCACCAAGUCGCCUCCCAUCCGUGAUGAGCACCCACCGUUACCACCGCCCACCCAAAUCUCUCUUCAUCCUCACGAACAUAAUCCGGAACCCGACAUCCCGGAGCAUUACGACUUGGAGAACGCCAGUUCCAUUGCGCCCAGCGACAUCGACAUUGUAUAUCACUACAAAGGUUAUCGUGACGGCAUGAGAAAGUAUAAAGCCACUCCGCCUCCCAUAGGUAAUUACGGUAACCAUCAUAAACAUACGGGACAACAACAUCGUCAUAACGGACCAUUUCCACCACGUGCUAUGCCACCGCCCAACGUGAACCAACCAUCUGGACCAGCGCCAAAAUUACUUCAGAGCACACCUCUGGCGAGAUUAUCUCCCAGCAGCGAGUUAUCUGCGCAACAACCGCGGAUUCUCACGCUGCACGACAUCAGCGGAAAACCUCUGCAAAGCGCGCUGCUGGCUACCACGUCUUCGUCCGGUGGUGUCGGCAAGGACGCGUUAAAUUCGAACAGUGAAAGAAGUCUGAACUCGCCCAUCAUGAGUCAACUGUCAGGCUCGACCGCCAGCAGGAAGGCUCCCCAGUCCAACAAUGAAAACUCUGUAAAUAAUGUGUCAUCGGGCCCAAUGGGUCUCACAGCGGAAGAGAUCGAGCGACUCAAUUCUCGUCCGAGAACGUCCAGCCUGGUCUCCACUCUGGACGCCGUGAGCUCCUCCAGCGAGGCCAGGGGCCCACCUGCGCACGGGCCUCUCCAUCACCACCGACGUCACACGCCCCCCGUGGAGAGGCUCGAGCGACGAAAUUCGUCAACUACCGACGAGAGUGGUAACGACAGCUUUACGUGUUCGGAGAUUGAAUACGACAACGGGUCACUGGUGGGCGACAAACGGUCCGACAAUCUGUUCGCCAAACAGGACGACGAGAGGAGCAGCCCGCAGGGUAGGAGCAAUGUUGAAUCGUCGCAAUCAACGAAACCACCGCUGCCGCCGAAUGUUGGCAACUACGACGGCUUCGACAGUUCAUUUCGCGGUUCCCUUAGCACCCUCGUCGCCUCUGACGAUGAUCUAUCGACCCAUAUGGGCGGCCUCCUUUAUGGUACCCAUGCCACUAAUGGCUCGCCCACUACCACUACCACCACCACGACCACCACCGCCACCGCCGCCGAGGAUGCUCUUAGCUGGGACUACCUGCUCAACUGGGGACCCAACUUCGAGAGCCUCGUCGGCGUGUUCAUCGACAUCGCCGAGCUGCCGGACAGUACCAGUCGAGUACCCAGAUUACCGACGAAUAUCCCCAAACCGUCUGAGGAAUACGUUUGAAACGGGUCCUUCGAUAUGAUGCCGGGACAAUUUAGUGAACAAUAGUAGUUUAGUGAUUGUGAAAUUUAUU